AUGGAGGGGAGCCUGGGAAGCGGCCGGCGCUCGAGGUCAGACGGUCAGCCGGCGCCUGCGAAGAUCUCGCCGGCCACAGAGGAGCUGCAGAGCCGCUUGCAGGAGACCCUGGACUUGCUAUCCUCGCAGGAGCUGCGCAGCUUCCGCGACCACCUUAAGAAAGUGGAGCCGCGCGCGAGCCAGGUGAAGCUGGAGCUGGAGGGCCACAGCUCGUCGGGGCUGGCCGGGCUUCUUGCCAAGCUCUAUCCGCCGGCCGCCGCCAAGCGCGUCCUUGUCCAGGUGCUGGAGCUGCUGCCCCGCGCAGACCUGCUGCCGCGCUGGCAGAGCGCCCCCACCGAUUGCCCUGUGAUUCCACGAAAGAUUCCAAAGAGAAGCUAUGACUGUGUGGAUGGUGAAUUGGACCAUUAUGACCUACGUGGCAGGCGGGAGGCCUUCCUCAUGUGUGUGAAGAAGAACAGGCCAGGAGCUCACCAGGAUGUCCAACUGAUGAAGGAUUGGCUUAACGAGUGCAAGUUCGAACAGACGUUGUGCAUCGAUCCUGACAAAAUGGACUUACUUGGAAAGAUAACAUCAUUUCGUGAUGGACUAAAUGAAAUUAAAGAUGACAUUGCCUGUUGCCUUGUUACUCUUAUGUCCCAUGGAGAAGAAGGUUUUAUCAAAAUGAAAGACGGUGAAAAAGUCAGCCUGGAAGACAUUUUUGAAAUGUUCAACAAUAAAAAUUGUCCAGCACUUCAAGAGAAACCAAAAAUUUUUAUAAUCCAGGCCUGCAGAGGAGAGAGAAGAGACAGUGGUGUUGAAACAGAUGAUGAACCCAUGGACUUGGAUGAUGGAUCAGAGAAGAAGAGGCUGCCUACAUUCAGUGAUUAUUUCAUCAUAUAUCCCACCCAAGCAGAUCAUGUCGCUUUACGGGAUCCCCGCACUGGCUCUGUGAUGAUCAAGGAGAUGACUGAAGUCUUUAAGCAGUAUGGAAAUAAGUGGCACAUCGCUGACUUCUUUACCAUAGUGAAUAACAGAGUGGUGCACCGUGACUUUAAUCUGUGUAACAAACCAAUAAAAAUAUCACUGGUAAUGGAGUCAACUUUAACAAAAUUUGUAUACUUUUGA